CCCGGCUCUUCGCCGACCAACUCCCGCACACCCAGCCCCGCGGCUGCCACGGCUCAGCAGACGGUCGCCUGCGCUCGCGCCCCUGCACGCGCCUAGCGCCUCGGAUCUUCCAGCGGCCCCGCGCGCUCCUCGCGCCCCAGGAUCGUUCCGGCGGCCCCCGCGCCCCGCGAUCGUUCCAGCGGCCCUCGCGGCCCUCGCUGCCUCCCCGGCCCGCCGGCCCGCGCGCCCGGCUCGCCGCUCCCCGGCACUCUCGGGGGGCCCGCCCGCCCUGCACCCUGGAGCACCGGGCUACCAGCCUCUACCACCUCCUCUGGAUCCUCGCGGCCGUGAGCAUCGGCCGCCGCUCCUGUCCGCCCGAAGGAGGGCCUUCUCCGCAGCAGCUGCCCAGGAACUCUGGCUGUGCCACCCCCCCCUUGGGUACCACGGGCACCCUGGGAGCAUGGCCGACGAAGACCUCAUCUUCCGCCUGGAAGGCGUUGGCGGCAGCCAGACCUCCAGGGCUGGCCAUGACAGGGACUCUGACACAGACAGCGACGACGACGAAGGGUACUUCAUCUGCCCCAUCACCGAUGACCCCCGGGCACACCAGCAUGGCAGCUGCCAGGUUGGUGACUACUGCAGCGACCUAAGGAAAAGCGAGCAGCAUGGCUUCGGCGCCUCCCCGGGGAGCUCCUUCAAGAUCAAGGAAGCUUGGAAGCAUGCCGUGGAGAAGGCCAAGCACAUGCCCGACCCCUGGGCUGAGUUCCACCUGGAGGACAUCGCCACCGAGUGUGCGACGCGCCACAGGUACAACGCUGUCACCGGGGAGUGGCUGGAGGACGAGGUUCUGAUCAAGAUGGCCUCUCAGCCCUUCGGCCGUGGAGCGAUGAGGGAGUGCUUCCGGACGAAGAAGCUGUCCAACUUCCUGCACACCCAGCAGUGGAAGGGGGCCUCCAACUACGUGGCAAAGCGUUACAUUGAGCCGGUGGACGGGAACGUGUACUUUGAGGACGUGCGUCUACAGAUGGAGGCCAAGCUCUGGGGAGAGGAGUAUAAUCGGCACAAGCCCCCCAAGCAGGUGGACAUCGUGCAGAUGUGUGUGGUGGAGCUGAAGGACAGGCCGGGCUCGCCCCUCUUCCACCUGGAGCACUACAUCGAGGGCAAGUACACCAAGUACAACUCCAACUCGGGCUUCGUCCGUGAUGACGCGCGCCUGACGCCACAGGCCUUCAGCCACUUCACCUUUGAGCGUUCCGGCCACCAGCUGAUCGUGGUGGACAUCCAGGGUGUGGGCGACCUCUACACCGACCCACAGAUCCACACCGAGAAGGGCACUGACUUUGGAGAUGGCAACCUAGGUGUCCGGGGCAUGGCGCUCUUCUUCUACUCCCACGCCUGCAACCGCAUUUGCAAGAGUAUGGGCCUCACUCCCUUCGACCUGUCACCGAGAGAGCAGGACACAGUGAAUCAGAACACCAAGCUGCUGCAAUCAGCCAAGACCAUCUUGAGGGGGACAGAGGAAAAGUGUGGGAGCCCCCUAGUGAGGACCCUCUCUGGGAGCCGGCCACCCCUGCUCCUCCGCCUGUCAGAGAACUCUGGAGACGAGAACAUGAGCGACGUGACCUUCGACUCUCUCUCCUCCUCCCCAUCUUCAGCCACGCCACACAGCCAGAAGCUGGACCACCUCCAUUGGCCAGUGUUCAGCGACCCGGACAACAUGGCUCCCCAAGAUCACGACCAGCCCGACAACCACCGGGACUCUGAGAACAGUGGGGACAGCGGAUACCCCAGUGAGAAGCGGGGUGAGCUGGAUGACCCAGAGCCCCGAGAACAGGGCCACUCGAACGGUAGCCAGCGGGACGAGUCGGACGAAGACAGCCUGGGCAGCUGCGGACGGGUCUGUGUGGAGAAGUGGAACCUCCUUAACCCCGCCCGCCUCCACCUGCCCAGGCCUUCCACCGUGGCCCUGGAAGUGCGCAGGCUUAAUGCUCUGGACCUUGGCAAGAGAAUCGGGAAGUCCGUUCUGGGGAAGGUCCAUCUGGCCAUGGUGCGAUACCACGAGGGCGGGCGCUUCUGUGAGAAGGACGAGGACUGGGACCGUGAGUCGGCCAUCUUCCACUUGGAGCACGCAGCCGACCUGGGCGAGCUGGAGGCCAUCGUGGGCCUGGGACUCCUGUACUCGCAGCUGCCCCACCACAUCCUGGCCGACGUCGCCCUAAAGGAGACGGAAGAAAAUAAAACCAAAGGAUUUGAUUACUUACUGAAGGCGGCUGGCGCUGGUGACAGACAGUCCAUGAUCUUGGUGGCACGAGCUUUUGACACUGGCCAGAACCUCAGCCCAGACAGGUCCCGAGACUGGCCAGAGGCCCUGCACUGGUACAGCACUGCCCUGGAGAAAACAGACUGUGACGAGGGCGGUGAGUACGACGGGGUGCACGACGAACCCCGGUACACGCUGCUGGCCAGGGAGGCCGAGAUGCUGUCUGUGGGCGGCUUCCGGCUGCAGAAGGACCCGCAGAGGUCAGGCGACUUGUAUACGCAGGCAGCCGAGGCAGCGAUGGAAGCCCUGAAGGGCCGGCUGGCCAACCAGUACUACCAGAAGGCGGAGGAGGCCUGGGCCCAGAUGGAGGAGUAACGCGCCAGGAAGAUCACCUGGGCCAGUGCCCACACAAGGGCUAGAGGGGAAAAGACCCACCAACUCAUCUAGGGGCUAUUUGGGGUAUUUUUAGUGUGUUUACAUCAACUUUUGUACGUCAUUCUUUGACUCAUAAAAACGUCUUUGCUAUCAGCAAAGACACAUAGCUGUCCCCAGGGUGGUGUUUUGGGGGCGUGGGGAUUGAAAAAGCAGCCUAAUGAACCGGCAUAUGGAUUUGAGGUUCUUUUGUUUUGUCACAAGAUGCUAGAAAGUGCUUUUGGAAAAUCUUAGGACUUUGCUCCCCAGCAUUUUCAGGCUGGACUGCAAUCUCGGGCCCACAGACCUGUGUCCUGGGUCGGAUGAGGAAUGUGUUGCUGCCUGUGAACGCCCUGUGAACUCUCCGUGGGGGCGUACGGUCCCAGCGUAGGGCACAGCCUCUCUUCUCAGCACUUGGAAGCAUGCAUGGCGUUGCUCCAUGCAAGUGAGAUGGUACAACGCCCAGGCCCUCUUCUGCCAUGGGAGGGGGAGGACCCGCACAAGGACUGUUUUCUACCUUUUAGUUUAAUUUCCUUCCUGAAAUGCAACUGAUUUUCUGGAAUACAGCCGAAUUCCAUUUUGAAGCAUGGUUUCUACAGGGGCUCUUCAAACAGGUGUGGUUUGUACACACGCUUUCCUGCCUCUGAGCGCUCGUCAGCGCGUGUGGGGGGGGGGGGUGUGCCUAAGGCUCCCACAGGGAGGGACCGUGGCCCGGCGUGGCCAAGCCCUCCCUCCAAGCGGCAUGUACUCUGCAUCUCGGGCAGCACCCACAGUGGCUCCCGCCGCCCUGGCACAGGAUCCCCUCGUGUUCUCUCGGCAGCUGAUGUCCAGCCCUGUCCUUGGCAACUUCUGCUUGAAGCGAGCCUGCUUUCCGGUCACUCCCAGCAGGUGCUUGCAGCAGCAGCACUUCAGAUUUAUCUGCCACGUUGGAGAGCGAGGCGGCAAGAACUAACUAUAAACACUCAUUGACCAGUUUCCACACGGCCAGGCUAUGGCUAAUUGUACAUAAUGAGCUUUUUCUUCAGAAAGAUUUCAGCCUGACCCGUAGUUCACUCCCCCAGCCCGAGAGUGGGAAGCUGCUGGACGAGCAGCGUUGACAUGGGAAAGCCUGCAGAGGAUGGCUAAGGCUGUGCCACUUGGCAUGAGCACUUGCCAUUGUUUUUGAGGGUUAUCGGGAAGCAGAAAAAAAGAAAGAUUUCAGCCCUCGCUGGUUUGGCUCAGUGGAUAGAGCAUCAGCCCUCAGUCUGAAGCGUCCUGGGUUUGGCUCUGGUCAAGGGCACAUACCUUGGUUGUAGGCUUGAUCCUCGGCCAGGUGGGGGCAUUUUCGGGAGGCACCCAAUCGAUGUGUUUCUCUCACAUUGAUGUUUCCCUCUCUGUUUCCCUCCCUUCCACUCCAACAAACCAAUUAAAAAAUAUCCUCGGGUGAGGAUUAAGACAUAAAAAAAGAAUUCAAUUAAUAUCAGAAUGAUUUCAGUUUGUAUUUCAGAUAGCAAAGAAAACAGUCUGAUUUGAUGAACUCCAAGUGAUUAAGGAGCUUCUCUUUAUUUGUUUAAAACACAGAGUGUGACAUACAAACCAUUCUGACCUUCUCAUUGAAAGAGGGCCUUGCUGUGGAGCUGUGAACCUGUGCAGCUGGUUUCAAAAGCCAGAGUGUGCCCGGGAGGAAAAGCCAAGCAGAGCCAAGACCACUGGGUCAGUCCUUGGGCGGACCUCUAAGUGGCUAUCCCUCGUUUGCAUGUGGGCUUGUCACGGCCAGUUCCCUUUAGAAGCUGGGGCCGAUAGCUCUUUUUCCACUUGCAGCAGAUCAAGUAGUAGUUUUUGUUUUAAACCAGUUGCAUGCAGUUAAAUUGCAUAUGUUAAAUCUAAGUCCCAAGCAAUUUUACUGUGACUUAUCUCUUCAGAGUAAUCAAGCCUCAUAUAAUCCAUGCUCCUUUGUUGUCGUUAAUUCAGCCAGCCCCCCACCCUCUCUUAGACUUCAUUUGCAAACCAUUUGUUCCCUGAUCACCUCUCUCAGUUCUUAGUUAUGCGUUAGUGCUUUCCUUUAACACUGGGAUCCACAAACGUUUGUAAAGGGCCAGAUAGUAAAUAUUUUAGGCCGUAUGCUCUUCAGGGCUCAGCCCUGCUAUGGUAGAGCAGAAGCAGCCAUAAACAAUUCUUGAGUGAAUGGGCGUGGCUGGUGUUCCAAUAAAACUUUAUUUUGAAAGCA